CGCCGCCGCCUCCUCCUCCUUGCCCGAGCGGCUAGCUGCGAGGAGGCGUAACGGAAAGCCUCGGCGUGGGGAAGGCUGCGAGCUCGGAGCCAGAGACGCGGAGCCGGGGCCGGGUCAGCGGGGAAGCAGACUCUUGAAUUCACAGCUGGCCUAUGGUUUUGCCUCUUGUUACAGAGCACUCACACAGGUGGCAUUUUUCUGAAGUUGUUCAUUGACACUUCCCAGCAUUUCUGCAGAUAAAAUAGGUGAGGCCGCGCUCCGAGCCCGGACAUGGCAGCAUGACGGCCUGGGACCGCGCUGCCAGAGGCCGGCCAGGAGGAGCCCCCGGCUGCGGGAGCGAGCGCCCGGAGCAGCGACUGCUUCCUGAGGCCGCCUGAGCCUCCUUCCCCACCCGCCGGCUGUUACUGUUCACCCCGUGGAGUCCUGACUUCUCCGCCUGCAACUUCAAUAUGUGUCAUGUUAUUGUCACCUGUCGCUCCAUGCUCUGGACCCUCCUGAGUAUCGUGGUGGCUUUCGCAGAGCUCAUCGCCUUCAUGAGCGCCGACUGGCUCAUCGGCAAAGCCAAGAGUCUCAGCGGCGCCGAGCCGGACGAGCAGAGCGGAGGCCGGUCGGAGCCCUACCACCCGACCCUGGGCAUCUACGCCCGCUGCAUCCGCAACCCCGGCGUGCAGCACGUGCAGCGGGAGACGCUGUGCGGGCCCUACGCCGAGAGCUUCGGCGAGAUCGCCAGCGGCUUCUGGCAGGCCACCGCUAUCUUCUUGGCCGUGGGCAUCUUCAUUCUCUGCACUGUGGCCUUGGUGUCCGUCUUCACCAUGUGUGUGCAGAGCAUCAUGAAGAAAAGUAUUUUCAACGUGUGCGGGCUGCUGCAAGGGAUCGCAGGUUUGUUCCUGAUCCUGGGUCUGAUACUCUACCCGGCCGGCUGGGGCUGCCCAAAGGCCGUAGGCUACUGUGGACACUAUGCGUCAGCCUAUAAGCCCGGAGACUGCUCCUUGGGCUGGGCCUUUUACACCGCCAUCGGGGGCACGGUCCUCACCUUCAUCUGUGCUGUCUUCUCCGCCCAAGCAGAAAUUGCAACCUCCAGUGACAAAGUACAGGAAGAAAUCGAAGAGGGGAAAAACCUUAUCUGCCUCCUUUAGUUUGGAAGAGACCGAGAGGCCAUUUUCCUCCUGGGUAACCUUGUGAAACAGUGCUCCUCUGGUUUCAUCGUCUGAGUCAGGUGAAGAACUAGCCUUUAUCUACCAAAGCCUACAUUCCACGGCCCCAAGCCUUAACAGGACCAGUGCGGGGCAACAUCCAGCUAAGUGAUUGCACUCGAGGGCCGCAGUUCAAACUCUCGGAGGUAGAAUACGAAACUACUGCACGAACCCUGACACACAGCUGACAAGUAUGUCCGACUCUGUCUUCUCCAGGGCUCGUAAAGGGGAAGGAUCUAAACCAUCAGGGCAGCAGUUCGUCUGGCAACAGGAGGCCAGAGCUACAUGUGCAGUUUAUUCUGAAAUGUAUUUCUGCCACCAGGGUGCAUGUCUGUAAGCAUCCCUGCCUCAGAAUGAGGUUUUGGGGUUGGAGUUUUGGUCUCCUCUAGUUGUUCUUCUGAGACUAAAAUGAAGAUUGCAUACUUACAGGGGAUAGCUUAUGUGCUCGAGGGCAUAAUAUGACCAGAGGGGUCAGCAGGUCAGUGUGGAAUCCCAUUGUGGAACAUGCUCUAGGCUGAAUUCCGGGGUAGGGUUGGACUGACUGAACUGUCUCUCCAAGAUUUUAGAAAUCUGAGUAAGGGAAGAAUAAGGACCGGUAUGAUCAUGGGAAUGAAAGUCAAAAAUCCUGCUAGGGAAGACAAAUUCAUUGUACUGCCCAGCAGUCAGGCUAGCACCAGUACUGGUCCAGUCUCCUUGUCUAAAGGAGAUCCUGUGUUUUUCUCCUAGGGUUAGGAUCGAGCUUAGACUGCCAAAAGGAAACCUCACCCUGUUUCCUCAUUCCAGGAACAGAGGUCUCCAAGCCAACUGUGGCUCAUUCAGACGUUCACUGGGAGAACUUACCAGAAUCUCAGCACUUGUGGGGAGACCUUCUCCCACUGUUUGGUAACCAUGUGGUAGUCAGCUAUAUUUCCAACCCCAGCAGUGCAGAAUGACCUUCUUUGCAGGAAAAAAGGAGCUAGUCAUGGGAGUUAAGUUUCUCCAGUUACUAGUGUUAUUUCUGAAAGCAGACUGCAACAUUAAAUUACUUCAGUAGGUGAGUUGCAUCAAACCUUCAUACCCAGAGAAGUACAGAGUAGAAAUUUAAUGCAACAACAAGAGUGCCUAGCACCUGCCUAUGCCUGUUUACAAAAAGAAUGGAACACCACUAUUAAAAGGGAUUCAGGAACUUAAAAUCUGGUUUCUAUGAAUUGCCAGUAAAAUUGAUUCAGAAAAAUGGUAUUAGCCACCACCUCAAAUUUACUUUGGAAUGAUCUCAGUGGCAAGAACCUAGCUGGUAUUACCCAGAGCUUCAGAAUUGCAGAAUGAUAUAGAAACACUCCUUACAUAGUGUAAGCAAGUGGAGUGGACCCCUGAGAUUUCUGGAAGAAUUAAAAGUACAGGACUAUUUGGGCUUAUGAAUCUGUUCCCUGAGAGCUUGCUGUGUGUUAAAAGCUUAACAAAUAAUGACUUAGUACCUUCUUUGGGUAAGGUAUUGUAUGCUAAGGGCCACCCGGCACAGAAACCAGAUUCAGAUUUUACAACACUGCCCAUAGUGAAUCAUAUCCAGGCUGAGUCUAAAACCAUGCCUUGGUGCAAAACAGACAGUUGCUUUAUGUGUAGAUGGAAUGGGGCAACUGAAGUUUUAUUCCCUUCUGGCCUUUGGCCUAUACCACAAACCAUCUUAUCACACAGAUUAAGAGCUAAGGGCAGGAGGGGUGGUGGUGUAGAACCAGGCCUUAAUUGGUUCACCAUUCUUAGACCGAAGUUCAGAAUAAGCAAGAUUUAAGUCCUAUAACCUUGUUUUGUUUUGUUUUGAAAAGAGAAGGAGUAAAUAGCCUUAUAGCAGCCUACUGUAGGGGCUCAGGAAACAUUAAUCCUAACACCACACAGAAAUAGGGUAUGGAAGCCGAAGGACAGGGUUCCUAUCCCUGCUGUGUAUUUUUAUGCUCUAACCAACUUCCAGUGCCCAAAGUCACUACUUUUUAACCCUUAGCAAUAAUUUUUAUUCCAAAAAACAGCAGCCAAGGGGGAUUCCUUUUAUCAGCAGAUUGGCUCCAAAAUCAGUGUUAGGAAAUGGGUUCUCUAACUCCCUUUUCACAGACAAGUUAAAGUCCUAAGCCCUGAGAAUCUUCUGAGAAUGGCCAUCAUCUUUAUUCCCAGACCGCUCUUUGGCUAAGGUGGUGGGGUAGCUCCAGAACACCUGAUAAAACAGUAGUCACAUGUGAAAACGUUACUUCUCUUGGCCAGAAGUAAUUCACCCGACAGUGUUUUUAUCCCAUUAGUCCGAAUGCUACAGACAACAAAGCACAUAUACACGCAUCACCCCAAACCACUACAAAGUACUUAAACACUGAAUUAAAAGCAGAGCAGAGAUGGAAUUUCUGUAGCAGAGACAGAGUAAGAACUAAUGUUGGACCUUUUAAACCUUCCAUCCAUUAGCCAGGCUUUGGGAAAAAUGAAACCUUAAAAUCGUGCUAGUCUACACCAAAACUGUAUAGCUCUUUAAAAACCACUGAAUAUGAGGAAUGUAUUAGACAUAGGUUAAAUAAUUGGACUGAUUGUUGAACCACAUUUUCCUAAUAAAUAUCAAUCACCUAAUCACCUCAAUCUAAAAAUUUAAUACACCUGGGCCAUUACUACUACCAGAAAAGUCUUAUUUAUUUUUGCCUGCAUCUGCGCUUAAAGUUUUGUGAUGGGCUGGGCUUCUCAAUGAACUCCAAGAAGGCAGAAAUACUUGCCUUGGAUUCUGUGGAUUUCUUUUAAACCUGUGUGCUAAUUCAACAAUUGUUACAUUGUGUAAGGAUUUUUGUAUAGUUUUCAAACAUCUGUGGUGUAAUGAUCUUUGUUAAACAUGUAAAGUGCCAUAGCCUUUUUUUAUGUGUAGCAUAUUUAAAAUAUAUAUAUGUAUAUUAUACAUACACAAGUCUGUGUGAAAGAUGUGCAAUAACAGGUGUAUGUAUGUUUUGUUUUUUUUGGAAACUGGACAGGAGUCAGAACAGGGAUUGUUUCUGUUUUGGCAAAGGAGAGUUAAACAUUUUUGCCUUCAUGGCCUAGUCAUUAACCCAUAACAAUUUAAAUGCUACACAAACCGAUGUGAAGACAAGACUGGUAUGAAAUCAUUGAUUCCUGGGUCUAAAUUAAAAUAAUCACUAGAUUUAUGUGAAAAUUAAGCCAGCACCAGGCCCAGUUAAUGCUAGUCUUUCAUGUGAAAUGUGAAGCUGCCACAUUGCCUUUUCUGUUAGUGCAAAACUAGUAGCUGGUACAUAAUCACUAAGGAGCUUUUUCUUAACAUGCUUUGAUAGACCACGUUAAUGCUAGACCACUAUUUAAGGGCUGAUCUCACACCUUCUUCGCCAUAAGAGUCUGGCUUAGAACAGACCUCUCUGUGCAAUAACUUGUGGCCACUAGAAAUCCCUGGCCUGCAUUUAUAUUUGGGCAGCAAUGACUCCCAAGGGCCAAAAGAGUUAAAGGCCUUUAUGACUGGGAUUUCUUCUGAGACUGUGGUGAAACUCCUUCCAAGGCCAGGGGGUCAUUAGGUGCUUUGGAGGAACUCAGCAUCACUUGAUAUUCAGUAGCCACUUGAGCCAAAUAGAAAACUGUAUUGACCGCUAAUGGACUCAAUUUGAGCCUUCAAAUUUAUGGUUAUCCUAUUAUAUUGUAAACUAAAUACAUUGUUUGUCUAGCAUUGAUUAGGUUCCUGUGCAUAUGUAUUUCACAAUGCCGUCCCCUCCCCAGAUUGGAAUUAAACCAGAUUUUGGA